AUAGCUGUCGGGCACGGAACCUCUGCUCACCCUGGGUGGCGUUGGAGGCUGGUGGCAGACUCCCAAAUGCCCCUUAUGAUUUAAGGACAGUUGAGUUUCUGGCGCCUCAGGGAGCAGCCCCGAGAGCUCACAUGGGAGAGCGCGUCCUCCCUCAUCUUGGUGUUAUCCAUUGGUCAAGAAGGGGUUCUAGAGCCCAAACCUUCUCCAAGUCCCCAUCCGAGGGCCUUGCUGGGUGAGUGUGGGUACCCCUGUUCCCACCAGCUUACAGCAGCAGGUGACCUUGCAUUUGAGAACAGAAGCUGGCAGCCCCUUCCCAAAACCUCUAGAUGUCACCUGACUCAAGAAAUGCUCAAAUCAAGGCAGUUUUCCUAAAAUGAAGUUGGAGGAAGUAAAAUCUAUUUUUCUAAUUAUCGAACACCGGCGUAUUCCUGGUUCAGCUCAGAAACAUCACAUCUGACUGUACUGGUCUGAAUUGUGAAAGCCAGCAUUUAUUCGGUGUUUACUAAGUGCAGGGGGAGUUUUGCACAGAUUGUCUCAUUUAAUUCUUACAACCACAGUGUAAGGUAAAUAUUAUUAUUUUACAGAUUAGGAAACUGAGACUCGGGGAGAUCAUGACAUUGUCUGAUGCAAUUUAGUAUAUUGGUGAGGAUGAGUGUGGUCUCCUGAAUCUGUGUCUUAUUUAAUCUCUUCCAUAUACAGCCUAGAUCAGCGGUUCUCUAAGGGGGUGGUUUUGCAUCCAGGGGACAUUUGGCAAUAUCUGGAGGCAUUUUUGGUUGUUACAACUUGGGGAAGGGGGUGCUACUGGCAUCUAGUGGGUACAGGCCAGGGAUGCUGCUCAACGUCCUACUAUGCGCUACCCCAAGACAAGGAACCAUCCAGCCUCGAAUGUCAACAGUGCUGAGAUUUGGACCUCGGCGAAUCCGGGAAGAGUCAGUGAUGCUGCGGACAGUCAACCCGAGCACGGGGGCCCUCCCCUUCCAGUCCCUCAUGGUCGCAGACCUGGGCGACGUGAACGUCAAUCUUUACAACCUUCAAGACAGCUGCCGGCUGAUCCGAGAGGCCUACCAGAAAAUUGUAGCAGCUGGCUGUGUCCCUCUGGCUUUGGGUGGAGACCACACAAUCACAUAUCCCAUAUUGCAAGCUAUAGCAAAAAAGUACGGCCCCGUGGGGCUGCUGCACGUGGAUGCCCACACGGACACGGCCGACAAGGCCCUGGGGGAGAAGCUGUAUCACGGGACGCCCUUCCGCCGGUGUGUGGACGAGGGCCUCCUGGACUGUAGGAGGGUGGUGCAGAUCGGCAUCCGUGGCCCUUCCAUGACCUUGGAUCCCUACAGAUACAACAGGAGCCAGGGCUUCCGGGUGGUCCUGGCUGAAGACUGCUGGAUGAAGUCGCUGGUGCCGCUGAUGGGGGAAGUGAGGCAGCAGAUGGGGGACAAACCCAUUUACAUCAGCUUUGAUAUUGACGCCUUGGAUCCCGCCUAUGCCCCAGGGACAGGGACCCCUGAAAUUGCUGGUCUCACCCCUAGUCAGGCUCUGGAGAUCAUCCGGGGUUGUCAAGGCCUGAACGUGGUGGGCUGUGAUCUUGUAGAAGUCUCACCGCUGUACGAUCUUUCUGGGAACACCGCCCUCUUGGCGGCCAACCUGUUAUUUGAGAUGCUGUGUGCUCUCCCCAAAGUGACAACCGUCUGAGUCUUCUCUUCAAGACAAAACAGACUGCACUGCUGACAGAUUCCCAAGAAUUUAUGAGUGAGCAGUCUUGAGUAUGAAAGAGUUUAUGUCAAUAAAACUUUCUGCUCAAAGUC